CAUCGCAUCUCAUCUCAUCUCAUCGCCAGGCCAUAUCUUUUACUCUUUCAAACUUCAAAGAAAAGCCUCAACUUCCGUUACGAAGCGCCACCUCUGACUCUAACCGUCAGCCUCCUCAGCGCAAGGAAAAUCCAUACACAUGUACAACGCGCAACCGCCAAUGAAAGCAUCCUCAAAAUCGCCGGCAAAUAUGCCGGAAGAACUCCCCAUCUCAACAACCACUGACAGUACUAUAACAACCGCCGGACCGCCGAAGAAGCUGUCUCUCGUUCCUCUCAUCUUUCUGAUCUACUUCGAGGUGGCCGGUGGGCCGUACGGAGAGGAGCCUGCGGUGAAAGCAGCCGGACCCCUCUUGGCCAUUAUUGGCUUCUUCGUCUUCCCCUUCAUAUGGAGUAUUCCGGAGGCGCUUAUCACGGCGGAGCUCUCCACCUCAUUUCCCGGGAACGGUGGGUUUGUUAUAUGGGCGGAGCGCGCGUUUGGUCCUUUCUGUGGCUCCCUCAUGGGCACGUGGAAGUUGCUCAGUGGUGUCAUCAACAUUGCCGCCUUCCCUGUUCUUUGCAUAGACUACAUGAAGCGAUUAAUCCCUGCUUUGGAGUCUGGACUGCCCAGGUACUUUGCAAUAUUGGGAUCAACUAUAGGCCUUUCGUUUCUUAAUUAUACUGGAUUGACUAUUGUUGGAUAUGCUGCUGUGGUGCUUGCUGUUGUUUCACUUGCUCCAUUUAUUCUGAUGUCUCUGAUUGCACUCCCCAAAAUUCGACCGCAUAGAUGGAUGAGUUUGGGACAAAAGGGUGUUGAGAAAGAUUGGAACUUGUACUUCAACACCCUUUUCUGGAACUUGAAUUUCUGGGACAAUGUUAGUACUCUGGCUGGAGAAGUUGAGAAGCCCCAGAAAACUUUUCCAAGGGCUCUUUUUGUUGCAGUGAUUUUCACUUGCGUGGCAUACUUGAUUCCACUUUUGGCUGUCACUGGGGCUCUUUCUGUUGACCAAAACGAAUGGGAAUCUGGGUUUAUGGCUCAAGCUGCAGAAUUGAUUGCUGGGAAAUGGUUGAAAAUCUUUCUUGAGAUUGGUGCUGUGUUAUCAGCAAUUGGGCUGUUUGAAGCCCAAUUAAGCAGCAGUGCUUUUCAAGUUCUGGGAAUGGCAGAUAUAGGAUGUUUGCCUAAGUUUUUUGGUCUAAGGUCUAAGUGGUUCAACACACCUUGGGUUGGAAUUUUGUUAUCAACUGUGAUUUCACUAGCGGUUUCAUACAUGAAUUUCACAGACAUUAUAUCCUCUGCCAAUUUCUUGUAUAGUUUGGGCAUGUUGUUAGAAUUUGCUUCAUUUGUUUGGCUGAGAAGGAAGCUGCCAACUAUGAAGCGGCCGUACCGGGUUCCGCUGCGGCUGCCGGGGCUGGUGAUCAUGUGCUUGAUACCAUCUGGGUUUUUGGUGUUGAUAAUGGUUCUUGCUACCAAGAAAGUCUAUUUAGUGAGUGGUGUAAUGACUGCUGGUGGGAUUGGAUGGUACUUCUUGAUGAAACUUUGCAAGUCAAAGAAGUUGUUCAAGUUCAACGUUGAUGGUGAAGUUGGAGUUGAAAUAAAUGGCCAAUAGACUAGUGUGGUUGGUGGUUUAUUCAUGACCUUUUGAAAGAUUGAAGCUUGUGGGGCUUCAAUUGGAGACCCAAAAUUGAAUGAUUCUAGUUAUGCAGAAAAGAUUAGUCUCAUCAUGAGUGAAUUGAAUUGUCGUAAUCUCUAGCUCAGAAAAUUAGAACUUCUCCUGUAGCAGCAGCAAUUGUAAGGAAAUUUGCUUUCUUUUUGGGGGCAGAUUGGGUGUGUACUACCCAAAAAAUAAGUAGAAAUUGUAAGAUAUGGCAUGUGAUUUUGUGUGGUUUAAUUAAUUACAA